CAGUGUCACAUGACUGUACCCAGAGAGGCAGAGGAAGAUGUCGGUCAGUGUCAGUGAGAAGCUGCUGCUCUGCCUUCUCUCUCCUGCCCUCCUCACUGUUACAGUGAGUCAAGUUGGCCCAAUCCAGGUGUAUGGGCUAAUAACCCAGUCUGUCAGUCUGGCACCCACUGAGCCCUUGGCACAGCCUGUAGAAGAGGUAUCAUGGCAUUAUAUAAGCAAUGGAACAAGACACAGACUGGCAGAUUACAGGAACCAGCGGCUAAGUAUCCGGCACAGUCAGUUCUCCCAGCGACUGGAUGCUGAUAACAGCGGCACAAGGUUAUGGAUCAGGGAACUGAGGAGUGAGGAUACCGGGAGUUACACAGCAGCCAUUACACUGCAAGGCACAACACAAACAGUAGAUCUGUCAUUUACUCUCACUGUGUAUGAGCCAGUUCUCACCCCAGAUAUAAAGAUGGAGAUGGAGCAGAUUAGCCCUGACUGGUGCAAUUUCACCCUUCAUUGUUCUGCCCCAACAAACCCAUCAGCGCUGUCCUACAGUUGGAUGUACAGACACAAAGGCCGGUACCAGCCCUAUCCCAAUGGUACCACAAUCCGUGUGUCACUGCAGCCUGAAUCCUGGGAUGGGGAGUAUCUGUGCUUGGUACAGAACCCGGCUGAUCAGAAAAAUGCCUCUAUUGCCCCUCGGGAAUUCUGCCCUCAUACCAGGCUCACAAAAGGCAUAAAUGGUAAAACCUGCUGGAUAAAAGUAUUCAUCACUUUGCCGAUUCUCACUGCUCUCUCCUUCUCAGUAGGAGUUACCAUCAUUGUGACAAGAAAUAAAAAAAAUCUAAGAUAAAAGAGAUGUGUUUCU